AUGGUUCCACGGGUCCAAGGUCGUGACCUUGGACCUGUGAUGGGCUUGCCCACGCUGCGUUUGCCGUUCACCAACGCUUACUGCUGCUUCCGCGACGCGUGGAUGCUGCCAGCCACUUCCUGCGAUACAUGUGCUAUGACCAACCCAUGUGCCACGGCCAACCCGUGUGAAAAAUACUGUGGAUGUAACUGCCCUUCGCCAGCCGCAACUUGCCAAUAUUCGUCUAAUUGUGGUUGUGGCUGCCAAAGCUCUGCCAAAUGCGAUUGUGGGUGUAUGAACGCUCCGGUGUACUUCCCCGAAGUGGAGUACCCACUCACCAUCAUAGACAUAAACCCCUGUAUGUACAGUUCCUGUCAAUGUUUCUGA